AUGUUCUCCACUAGACAAUAUCAAGAUCUAUUAUCCUUGCAACAAUUUACUGUCCGUGUUGCAGAUUGUCCUCUGAAUUUGGAGACGCUGAACUAUACGGUCGUAACAAGCCAGUGCAAAGGGCCGCACUACACAAAGGAACGGUGUUGUCCGCCCUUGAAGGAAUUGCUUUGCCCUAUUCGAGAUGCAAUCAAUGACUUGAAAAACAAUUGUAUGGAAACCUUCUUUAGCUAUGCAAAUCUGUAUGGAAAGUAUCCGGCUUCCUUAUUCGCAAAUUUGUGCGUUGAAACAAGAGAAGGACUUGACUGUAAAGGCAUAGGUGCACCACCACCUGCAUCAAGUUGGGCUCCAAAAGCUACGCCACUCAAUCUGCAUUUGCUCAUUGCUGGACUUGCAAUCUUCAUAUUUAAUCUAUUCUGA